UCAGAUGAAGCCUUUCUUUCAGAAGCACUAGCUUUCACCCAACAGACACCCCAGACUCCCUUUCAAAUCACUAGACUACAAUCCCCAAUCGCUAUCCCCCAAACAAUAGCUGCAAUGGGCGGAUCUUUCCUUCGAGCUUGGGCACCUAUGCUCCGAAGCCACGACAUCUCAAUCGUGCAAUUCAUCGCGUUCAUCGACAAUCUCAACGUCGUCUCAACAGCCAGUCCUCCUUUGCAAGCGAUGAGUCUUGCCGGCGGAGUUUUGGGUAUGGUACCUCACCAUUGGGCUAUGAUCGCAGGCAAUGUGAUUCAAACCACAGCAAACUUGGGGACAUUUGCUGUAAGCAAGGGAAGGACGGAACUAUACAUGAGGGAAGUCAAUGAGAAAAUGUUCAAGCCGAGAGGGUUGAAAGUCAGCAUCGCUAAGACUGAAGCGAUAAGAUCUGUUCUCAGAGUUCCAACCGGAAGACCCAUGUUGCCUCCGUUGAAUGCUCAAACGGUACAGAUGGGAAUUGCAGAACGAGUCUUGCUUCAGUUGUGGCCAUACAAUGCCGUCCUCGACUUGAACGUGCCUCCACCAGCGGAGCAGACAACUAUGUUGGCAAAGCUGAGCGCGAAGCAAAUUGCAGCACAGGCUAAGAGGAAUCAAUCGAAGUUGAUUAAGAAGCACGAGAAAGAUUUGAGGAAAG